GUGUGUAAGGGAAGCUGACGGAGCACCGAGGUUCUCCUUCCGCCGUCCGUAUGUGCAGAGAGCAGUCUGAUAUCGCUGGGAGGGUGAGCUUUUGUCUCUUUCAUAUACGAAAAAAAAAAGAGUUCAACCCGUUUUUGUUGGGGGGCUAUCGAUAAUAUGAUAUUCUGUGCUCCUGUAUUUGUUCAUAUAAUGGUUUGAAACUAUUGUGAAUGCGUGUGUGUGGCUCUGGUAGAGGAGCCAGCUGACUGUGAGAGUGCGGUCCUUUGUGUCCUCCAUUGCUCUGUGACAGAUCAACGCUCCGUUAGCAAACCGGGGCUACACGACUGCAAAUUCACUAGCAGGCCCAUAUAUACUCACUGAAGGUUUUAAACACUUGUUUUUAAGUGUUUUUCGUGUUUGUUUAAUGGGUCAAUGUGGCUAUCUUAAACCUCUAUCAUCAUCUCCCGGCUCGUGCUAACGGAGAGCGGCCGUUAUUGACGUCAUUAAUAGCGUCGCUAAGAGAUAGCUGCUAAUAUCCAACAUGUAGCGGCAACAGACCUGGUUAAUGUUGGUAACUGUCUGUGUUAAAACAGCACUGAAGAGGUUUAUUUAUGGUAGAUAUUGUUCUUUUACAAAAUACAGUCAUAUGUUGUGUGAUAACUGUGGGUAUAAUGUCUUUGGGUGACUCUCAUUAAAGCUAGUGCUAACCGAGACCGACGUAAACUGCGUGACUUACGUUGACGGUUUAUAUAUAGAUUUCUAAAAGGAGACAAAUCGAUUUCUCAUUUCUGCAAGUUAUUUUUGUGUUUUUAACCAUUUGAAAUUUUAUCUUUUGUGAGUUUGAUCCACUGUUUUGUCGAAAAACAAUUAGAAUAUUAAAUAAUUGAAGGUAUUAUAAGGGCGUUUUUGGAAAAAUUACGGUUUUACGUUUUACGUUUUUAAGUGAACUUAUAAAUACAAUACGCUUUUGUUAGGCCCUGAUGUAGACCUAGAAACCUUGAUGCGCAGACUAAAAACAUUAAAACCACAUCCAAAUAAUGAGACUGAUAUUCAAGAUAAUCCAUACCAGCUGUCAAUCUGAUGCUUUUCAAUAAUAAGAGAAAUAGUACUGGGUGUUUUGAGCAUCCCCACAAACUCAGUCUACAUUCCUGACUCUAUUUCCUGCUCCUUGCCAACACAGCUUGUUUAGCUAAGGGACUGGUAAAUUUUUUUUUUAUUUUUUACUCUGUUUAUUUUUAUACAGACUUAUCUUUACCUUUUACCAUUUAGCUACUUUAACAACAGAUCAUACCAUCAAACUAUAAUUUUGUUUUGUAGUUAAUAACCCAAUCUUCAAGACAGCAAGCUAAAGGAGUUUAUUGAAAUGUCUGAAUUGCUUUUUUUUACCUUCUGGUAGAAAAUGUCGUGCGGGCUGUGGAAAGAGACCCUGGCUCUUGCAGAGGACUACCUGUCCCUGAGCUGCACAAGCCCGCAGCCAGCCCCUCCACCUCCCAGCGAGUCAGCCGCUGCCAUGAGACGCCUGGCCCAGGACAUGGAGGCACAACACCAGGCUCGCUUCCACUCCCUCGCUCAGACCUUCCUGAGACAGUGCGGGCCGGACCCCAGCUCCAGUCUCAGGAAGGUGAUAGAGGAGCUUGUGGGAGAUGGACAUUUGAACUGGGGAAGGGUUGUUUCCCUUUUCACCUUUACUGGGGUGCUGGCCAGACAGCUGCAGGAGCAGAAAGACGGGAAGCCGGGGCUGGACCCUGAGAAGGAAACAGGACAGGUGCCUGAACACUGCAGGGGGCUGGCAGAGACCAUAGCAGACUACCUGGGAGAGGAGAAAAAAGACUGGCUGCUGGAGAAUGACGGAUGGGUAGGUUGCUCCAACAUGUCCGCUACUAACUGAUUGAGUCAUACAUGUGACAGUGUAAAGCAGAUUGAGUCACAAACAUUGACGAUAAAGGAAGUAUUUUGAUGGUAUCAAAGGCAGUACGCCAGCUUAAAAGGCACUGAAAAAAAGAAACUUCCUGUAACAGUUAAAAGGCUUUUUUUGACUUCUGGUGUUGGAAACCACCUUGUUAGGUCAGAUCCUGUUUUGGGGAGACGUUAGUAUUCACUUGUAUGUGUGUAAACGUGGCUUUAACAUGGCCAAGACUUUAAUUUAGAUGCAGCCUGUUUUUACUUGACUGUUUGUCGAUGAGACCAGCUCUCAGCUGUCUCAUGUGGCUGCAGUGAUUAUAUGAAUUGUAGAGUAGCAAAAGGCCGGAUUCUGAGGAAUGUUCAGUGGACAAAAACUUCAGCAGUGUCAAUUCAGUGCCAUGAUAGAGCAGCACUGAGCUGUAGAUUAUUAGAGCUCUGUGUUGCAGUAGUGAUAAUUUAUGUGGACUGAAUCUUCCUUUGUUUCCAGAAAUGAAAUGGUCAAUCAUUUUAACCUCCUUAGUGAGGCUUAUUUGACUGAAAAUAUGUAAAGAGAUGGUCAGGAUGGAUCUCAGAGGCCUUACACAACUUAACACCAGAAGAGCUGAAUGUCUGCUUUUCUGAAUGGGCUCACCAUAGCCGCCCCCCCCUCUACCCACACACACUUACCCCUCCUUUCUUCAGCUGGCAGCUGGUUUCAACAAACACGUAACCAGCUCAGCCAGAUGGACUUUGUAGUAACAGUCAAAGCUUCAGUGUGUGUUGAGUUUGGCAUCAGCUGCAGUGAGAGUUGGCGUUGUAUGACUUGAAAAACAAGCAGCUGUGAAGCACCUGGAGCAGAGAGCAGGUGCACUUGCUGGUCCGCUGUGUUCAAUUUGAAAACAUGGUGCAGAAAUACAACUUCCGACUAACCUGCUCUAAAUGAUUUUGGUGAAAAAGAAUAAGCUAAAAUUAAUGUUUAAUUUAGUUUCUGCAUAGUUUCUCAAUGAUGAGUACAUCAGUACAUGGAGGCAGAUAAAUACUGUUUAGCAGAAAAGUGGAAGAUUAAUUCAUGUGUUCAUUUCUGUUUCUUUGUAGGAGGGGUUCUGUAAGUUCUCCCGCAGUGCCAGAGAGGUGAGUCAGGACUCAUCCAUGAAGACGGCGCUGUUUGCUGCAGCUGGUGUUGGUCUCGCUGGACUUACCUUCCUCCUGGUGCGCUAGCUAGCCCUCUGCAUCCUCAGAGCAUCGUCCUCCAUUUUCUCAUUUCAUUCGGCGCAAUUACUUAGCGGAUAAAAUUCUAACAUCAACUCUGCAACAACAACAAAAAAGGCUUAAUCUGUAGUGAAUUCAGGGUCGUCAAAACCUCACCUCAUCAACUGAAUGUUUGCACAUACUGAAACCCCAUGCACACAGAAAUACUGACAUCUUGUCACUUGCUCCUUAAGAUUGUAAAAAUGAUCUCGAUGCCUUCAGAAAUUUGGGGCAAGUUGUAUCAGUGUGCACAUGUUAAGUACUAAAGCACAGGUAUCUGCUCGGACUUAUCUUGAUUUGAGAGUUUUCAGCGGUGCAGCUAAUAGACUUUAUCUCGUGUCCCCCACAGCUUUUUGUUUUUCAAAUUUGUCAGCUGCCUUUUCUUCAUGUGUUUACCUGAGUUGUGUAUGUGGUAUAGAGCCAUUCUAGUGUACAAUGUAUAAAUUAAUAUAUUAUAUUUAUAUGAAAUGAAACUGUAAGCAGCAGUGGCCCUUUUCAAACCUCCACAGCUAAUUCAGUUGUUUUAUUGUUUUAAGUCUGUCUCACAUUCAUGUGAUUCACACGGUCGACAGAGAGACCCUGACGGCCUCACAACGGUGCUAUGAUGAUAUGUUGUGAAAUGUUUCUCUAUUGAUCUACCAAACCAGGGACCAAUCUGACGUCAAACACCCUGCUAUUAGAACAAACAUGCUCUAGCAUUCCCCUCGCAGAUCUCUGAAACAUUAUAUUUUUACAUUGUUUUGUCUAUUUAUUUGUCUGUUUUUUAAUAAAAGGAACAAUCAUGAAGACUGAGUGCACGGUGUCUGUUUUAUAACUGAAUUUUCUUGCAGUGGCAGAUAAUAGGUGUGGAGGAAAUAUGAACAGUAAAUGACUCUCUCUUGCCUCUUCUUGUGCGCAGACAAAUUGUCAUAAAUAAGAGAUGUUCAGCUGUCUGUGUCUGCUCCGCUGACUCGCCACAGCUCUCCUUUUCACAACAACCAACUCCAAACACCCAGAGGCCAAAAUUACCCUUUCUGGUGCUGAGUUUGGAAGUGGUUUGUCACUUCUAACUUUGGGACUUGUUUGUUUUUGAAGCACUUAAAUACUCAAAGUAGCUCCACGGUUUAAAAUAAGUCAGUGGGGGAGUAAAAAUGGGCCUCGUCUGGUAAAAUGAUGUUUCUAAAGCUGGUGAUCUGACACUCCACUAUAACUCAAAGUUUCUAACUCGAUGGUUGUAAAAAAUACCUCACUGAGAGUACCAAUUUUUCCAGUCAUAACAAAGCAAUCUUGGGGGAAAAAAGAAAAGGGAAAACACAAGUCCUCAGUAAGACACUGUUGCAGUAAGUGCUCCUGAUUUUUCUCUUGAGUGAUAACAAUAAAGUGAGGCUGUUGUGUGCGAGUCUUUGAAUUGUCACACACAAAGAGCCUGUGUGUUGGAUCAGUGAACCUGACCACUUCCCACAGUAUGAGGGAUGAUUUAGAGUACAAAACCUGCAGGCAAAAUGCUCUCCACUACGCCUUUAUUCUCUUCUUGUAAUGUUUGCUGGACAAAAUGUAGCAUAUAGACUUUUGGGAAUAUUAUCUAACCUUUUUUUGGUGAUUGAUACUAAUAACCAAAAUAGGAAAUGUUUGUAAUUUUCCUGGCCCCAUAAAGCUUGUGAAUGACCGCCAAAGUCAGGCAAAACGAUAAAGGUCCUUGAGUUUCUGUCUUGUUAUGCCCUUAUCCUUAUCUAUCAGCUAUAUAACAUCCCCAUUCACAGCAGAUGUGAGUAUGUUAAUCUGUGAUGUCAAGCAUUAAACCAACACAACAGACACACAGCUGUUCCAGACCUCAGUCUAGUGUUUUUGCUCAGAAAGGGAGGGAAGCCCGAAAGGCUGUUUGGUGACACCCUCAGUUUAAAUCUAUGACACUUUAUAUUUUCUUCUCUUUACUUGCUUUAAGUACUUUUCUCACUUUGAGAAUCUCAAGUACUCACCAAGUUAACCUGGCUGAUAUGACGCACUAAAGAUUAAACAUUUGUUUGCAUUUCCAUACUAUACUACACUGAGGCCUUUUUUCAUACUGUAAUAUGAUAUUUUUAUCAAACUGUACUGUGAUUUUCCUCAUCAUACUAAACAAAAUCAUUUUUAACACACUAUACUAUGAAAUUUUUACAUUUUAUACUUUAUUUUUUUAUCAUACUCAACUUCGGUUUUUUAUUCAUACUCAAGUAUGACAUUUUAAAAUGAAAAAAUAUAUUUUUAUCAUACUAUACAAUGACAUUUUUACAUGCUAUACUAUGAUAUUUUUACAUACUAUACCAUAAAUCUUUUAUCAUACUUAAAUAUGAUUGUUUUGAUCAUACUAUAGUAUGACUUUUUUUUUCCUACUACAAUGUGAAAUUUUUAUUAUACUUUACGAUGACAUUUUGAUUAAUCUUCUAUACCAUGACAAUUAAUUGUGCUAUACUAUCACAUAUUUAUUAUACUAUACUGUGAUAUUUUUGUCAUACUGUACAAUGAUAUGUUUACAUUUCGAUACCAUGACAUUUUUAUUGUACUAUACAAUUGUAUUUUUUCCAAACUGUACUAUGGCAUUUUUAUCAUUCUUUAUUUUUUUUGUACUAUACAAUGACAUUUGAUCAUACUGUACUAUAAUGAUUUUCUCAUACGUAACUAUGAUUUUUUUUAAAUCAUACCAUAGUAUGAUCUCUUUAUUAUAUAAUACCAUGAUAUUUCUAUCAUACUAUACUAUAAAUUUUUUAUUAUACUAUACUAUGAUAUUUUUAUCAGACUUUCCUAUAAGUUUUUACCAUACUAAACUAAGACAUCUUUAUUAUACUAUACUUUGAAAUUUUAAUUCUACGUAACUAUGAUUUUUUUUUUACAUACUAUACUACGACUUAUUUUCAUGCUAUAAUAUAUUUUUUUCAUGAUAUACUAUGACAUUCUUAUCAUAAUUAACUAUGAUCCUUUUAUCAUACUAUACUAUGAUAUUGUUCACAUACUUUCCUCUAAGUUUUGAUCAUACUGAACUAUGACAUUUUUAUCACAAUGUACUAUGAUGUUUUUAACAUACUAUACUGUGACAUUUUUCCCCUUUUAUACUGUGACAUUUUUAUUAUAUUAUACUAUGAUAUUUUUAUCAAACUAUACUACAAUGUUUCCAUUAUACUUUAUUUUUAUCAAACUAUACUAUGACAUUUUAUCGUACUCUAUCAUACUUAACCUCCUAAGACAAGAAAUCUUGCAAGGCAUGCAUUUUUAUUUUCUCUUUGAUAUUUAGGCUAAUUGGGACCUGAUGAGUGUAAAAACAAAGAAUGAUCUUUUUACAUGAUGUAGUUUCUGAGAAAAAUGAUGUCCACAUAUGAGGACAUUCGUUUUAAAUUUUGAGAGAAGGCCCUUGUGAACAAAAUUUAAUAUUGUGGUCUUGACAACCAAAAAUGUGAUGUCCACACAUGUGGACGCCGGGUCUUAGGAGGUUAACUAUGAUUUUCUAACAUGUUAUACUACAACAUUUUUAUCAAACUAUACUGUAACAUUUUUAUCAUACUAUACUAUGACUUUUAUAUUAAACAAUACUAUGAAAUUUCAUGAGUUGUUCUUUGGAUUAUUGGAUCAUUUUACUAUGAUGCUACUUUUGGUUCAUUUGAUCACAACUGAAUUCAGCUGCUAUGAUCACCAGAGAGGAUUAACACCUUAACAGUGAAUGAUUUUCUUAUUUGCUGAUCAAUAAUAGGUACUCCUUAAUCUGAUAUAUUCACCAAUCAGUUAUUGUAGACAACAGAAAACAGCCUUGCUUUUCUGCUCUCUGUUCAGCUUUGUAGGUGAUAAGAGGAAACAGGUGAAUGUCAUAAUUUCUCAAGACAACAAAAUUGUUCAUUUCUGAUCCUGACAUAAAAAAACACAGCUGGUCAGCUUUCAAUUUGAUUUUAUUGCAUUUGGAAGCAUAAAAGCAUAUUGUUGGAAUUGAUUAGCAAGUUUAAACAAAUAUUUGAAGAUUUUUGAGAUCAAACACAGAGUGCAAGUCCAUAAUUCCCCAAAUAUCUGAUAUUUUCUUAAUUUGUAUUCCAACUGCUAAAACACCAGAAGAAUAGUACAGGGAAUAGAUGAGAUCCAUUUGUGAAGCAGGGGAUACAGAUAUGAAGAAAGAACAGAUUUGACAUGUUAAAAACUAUGACUCUGCAUUAAGAAAGGCUUCCUGAAUUUUUGGUGCCAACAUAGGAAUACACACAAGAAGUUGAAUGUUGUCACUUCUCAGAGAAAAUAUAUCUAAGUUGCAGGUCAGGUCAUGUUAAUUGGUCUGAGAACAUCUAUCAGACUAAUAUAUUUCAACAUAUCAGACUGGAAAUUAGCCCCGUCAAGAUUACAAGCGUAGUGAGAUGUCUUUAGGAAAAUCUCUUUCACUGUCACUAACAGAAGUGUGAUGAAACAAAUCAAACCAAGCUUGAGUAUCUUGAUUAUGAGAUAUUGAGAUUAGCUUUGGUCCACAUCUACAAGAGAAGCAGUGAGAAAGAGUUUUUCCUUAAAAAUCUUUCUAAAGAGUACGGAAGCGUGGUGCUGCCACAUCGAGAGAAAAAAAAUGGGGGCUCAUUAUCACGUAAUUACGUGAAAAGUUUAUUGUUAUAACAAUAUCGUUUCACAUCAUAACGUAAAAAUAUCACGUUAUUUCAUGAUAUGAAGUUUUCAUGUUAUAACAUUAAAGUAUUGUGUUAUUUCAAGAUAUAUUUUCACGUUAUAACGUGAAUAUCACGUUAUUUCAUAAUAUGAAGUUUUCACGUUAUAACGUGAAAGUAUGACGAAAUAACGUGAUACUUUCACGUUAUAACGUGAUAGUAUAUCUUGAAAUAACGUGAUACUUUCACGUUAUAAUGUGAAAAAAAUCAUAUAACGAAAUAACGUGAUUAUUUUACGUUGUACCGUGAAAAUAUAUUAUAACAAUAAACUUUCAUGUAAUUAUGUGAUACUGAGCCUCUCGGUUUUUAUUUUCUUGGUCUGGCAGCUCUACGCUGCUGUAAAAGAGUAACAUUUUCAGUUUUUUUUUAUUCCUGAGUAAAAGCAGCAUUUGAGACAUAGUAUUGAUGAGAACACGUCAGAGCGACAUGAUGAGAGCAGUCCCUCAGGCUCCAGUCUGUUCCAAAACUUCUGGACUUGCAUCAUGUACACACCACGUCUUCUUUAAGCAUGUACAGUCAUAAACAGAAGUGCAGAUUACUGCCUGGAUCCUCAGAGCUGCUCUCAUUUUUUUCUCUGUUUCCACUGUGAAGGUCUUGUCUGAUGUUCUGAGGGUUACACCUGGAAGAGGAUCUUUUUGAAAUUUAAGAUCAAUUAAAUAUAGUUUGGUUUUAAUAUUUAAAGUUUGAAUUGACUUUAAUCUUUCCAUAUGUGAUUUUCUCACAUUGUUACUGUAAUUUUAGAAAACACGUUUCUUGAAGUGUGAAUUUUGCUCUUUAUUCAUCCUCUGUAGCCUAAUAAUUGCCUAAUAAUAGCCUAAUAAUUGAGAGCAUUUGCUCUUCUGAUUCACCAGCUUUCUGGUGUUCCACUAUCGUCAUCCAUAGCGCAUUGGACCUUGAGAAUAGCAAGCUCCUCCUCCUGUGUUUGUUGCCUUCAACACGGCUUCCUUCACCUGGAAGAGAAAAAUGGUUUAGCACUUAAAAGUACUCUCUUUAAAAGUACUCUCUUUAAAAGUAGUGCACUCUCCAUGCUAGACUUUCUCACUUCUUAGAUACACAGAUUUAUAUUAAUGCAUUCAUACACUUUUUAAAAACCGUUUAUGACAGGAAAAAGAAAAGUUAGUAGGCAACAGAGGUUGCUUUAUGAUUUUUUAAUCACAUUCCUUUUUCUGUGCAGGAUUGUCUUAUUGAAGUCAUCUAUAAAUGUCGCCAUAUAGAGUACGUCAAUCCUCUUUCUUACUUAAUACGAUGUUGCAUUUUUCCUGUACUUGUUGAUGAACAUGGGGAUAUUCUUGUUCAUAACUUGAAUAGAAUAUAUUCCCCUGUGGUGUGGUUGAUAAAGUCAUAAGGAUAGUGUCUGUAAAAGGAGUCUACUCCUGGCCCUCCAGUAGUUCAAAUGCUUCUUUCUUUUUAACCAAUUUUUACAGUGAGAAACAAUGGGAUGAGAAAAACAGCAGACAGAGCCGUGAAAAUCAUCACUCAUAGUGAAGACAGGGAAACAGCUUUUGCUAAAUAAACAGCUUGGCAUCAAGGAUGAUGUGGUCUGUUUGUCUCCUCACCACUUUGAUUCAAACCACAGACUUUACACAGCGAGUGAACUGCUCUUCUUAGUUUAUAAUGUGACUACACUGAAGAGGGCUCUACAACUUUGCUAUUUCUAAAAAUAAGUCCUGAUUGGCCCAACUAUCGCUGUGGGCCUCCAUCAAUUAGAUGUUGAUUUAAAAAAACAAUCACCUCUCCAACAUGCUUACCUUUUGAGGAUCAGGGAAUUGCCCAGUGCUGUUCUUGGAGUGGACAAGCUGACUAUCCACCCAUACCUCAAAGUAGUCUGUGGGGUUGAAAAGUGAAAGUGAAAAGGGAUCCACAUCAAUUCAAUAAAUAUUUCAAUGUGUGUUUGGAUAAACAUAAUCCAUGUUCAUAUUACAACCAGUUAAACAGGUUUAUCACAGAAGGGAGCCGGGCAUAAAACAUGACAAACCCUGGCACUGCUCAAAGGAACCAUAAGAGCACUGUAAAGAGAAACUGGUCAUAUUUUUCAAUGCUUGAUCUAACGGCUUAAAAUGUUUACCAGGGUACAUGAAUCUAAACAAAUGAAGAGAGCGUUAGGAGGUUUUUUUUUCUUUUUUUUUAAACCAAGCUAACCUUUAAAAGAUUCAUAUUUGAACAAACGACUAUUAAACCUGAUGAAAACUGUUUUAUUUUCAAAGAGUUUAGAAACAUUAAUCACUGCUGCAGCAGCUCCCUCUGGUGCUAAACAAGAAUAAACAACUUAUCUUCAAACAGUAUUUAAACACGGAAACAUGUCGAAAACUGAUGACUCUUAACUGCAUGAGUCCUGGAUGAUGUUUUUGGAGAAUAAUACACAGUGCUUCUCUUCCCUCAUCUUUAUUUUAUGUUGUACCUAAACGUCCUUUAAAGGUUAAAAAAUGAAUGACUCAGCUUGUCUCUCAUAUGAUACAGAAUGAUUUUGUUGCCUAACCAGAAAGUGCAGAACAAUCAUAUGCUGUGUAGAGAUUCGAGGUGAUUUGUACUGACAUCGAAAGGAUAAAAAAGUUUAAAGACGAAAAAAAUUACACCCAGACACACUCGCACUCGCAGGUUGUUGUUGGUUCUCUGACGUUGUCUGUACGAGGAUAUUAACUAGAGGGUGUGUUUUUAAGGUGUGGCCCAAGAAUGUCGGCUAAGACCAUUUUCAUUUUUAUUCUUUCAUUUUCAUGUCCACAUAGAAAUGCACGCAGAGCCAUAUUUUAAAAGCUUUAAAGUGAUUCUUUGCUUACUCACUGCACAUGUUGAAACAGGGAUUUAAUAUGUGCAUCAGUCAGCUGCAGUUAUAGAUUGAAUGUGUUGCUGGGUGUUAGGAUUAAACAGCUACUUAAUGCUUUUGCAUCCUCUUCUGUACUAUUCUAGGCUGUUCACAUGUGCAGGGCUACAUUACUUAUUCAACACAAAUCUUCACACCAUAUUUCCUCCAGAUAACCACGAUACAUUUUGCCAAGUCUGAAGGAUUUAAAGGAGUUCGUAAUGUAUAUGACAUAACCUAUGCUCCUCUCAAAACCAUUAGACAUGCUAAUAAAUGAUAUGUAGGUUAGGAGAACUAGUGGCAACAUAAAAAAAUACAAGUCAAAAGUGAUGUUAUACUAAAACUUCUAAUACCUGUCAUCUUUGUAUUGAUCUCUAUUACUUUAUGUGACUUAUACACCUCAAAGUCAGCAUUUUUGAUAUGAGGCAGGUCAGCGAAUCUUUUUCUUUGAGCAAGAAUGGACCUCCGUACAGGAUGGACUAAAAGAUAGAAAUUGAAACUUACUUGAAGCUGCUGCUCUGGUUGUUAUCUGCACACCUGGAAUUCCAUAAAGUGCAGAAACCAGAUUCCGGUAGUGGGCAGCAGUGCCUCAGCUAUUACUUUAGCCGACAAAAAGGAAAACAAACAAAACCAGUCAUUUAAAAAUGUCAAAAUAUGAUUGUUGCUGAUUGUUGAGAGCUGUAAGAUGUACCCACAUCCAAAUCAGCUAAGUUUAUUUCUGCUUUGCUCUUCCAAACAUCAGUCUAACAAGGAGUUAAAAGCUGGUGCAAAGAGCACUAAUGCACAAUAUAUACACGGUUGUUUUGAUCAGUUAUCGCAUCUUAUUUCUUCAAUCCACUGUAACCCAUCAAAUUUACCCAGAAGGCUAAUAAAUAGCUACAACUUGUGCAUGUUCCAGCACUAAUAAGAGAGUAAUAAUCUCACCAAAAGUCUAUGGUGACCACAACCAUGGUUAUGGCUGAUUUGUUAUGCCAGCAGUCGAUGCGGAGCGGUGAAGUUUCAGUCGGUAGGUUGGCAGAAUAUGUU